AUGCCAAGGAACACGCCACUCGUGAUCGGCAACCCCCAGGGUUUUAGGAAGGGAACCGAGGCCGCGGAUUUAUUGCUAGAAUUGGGAGUGCCAACUUUGAGAGGAGGAUUUGAUAUUGGAAACUACCCAGGUUCCAGGUCGGAGUCGCCGGACGACGAUACAGCGAGAGUGUCAUUGUCGAAAGCGCCUGCGAACGACUAUAGAUUGCCACCGCGGACGAGCUCGAUGGCGCCUCCGCCCUUGGCGCAUCGACAUACGGCACCGCCAAAGGUUUCGCUACCCAAUCCGCUCAAAGCGAAUCCGCCAGAGCCAUCGCGAUUACCACCGCCGCCACCUGCAGUCGAGUUGGAAGGCACGCCAAUAGUUCCGGAAAUCCGCAGUCGCGACAUCAACAACAAUGGAUGCAGAUCUUCGAGAUCGAAUCGCCGCAGCGUGAUUUAUGGAGGCUUCGAACACGGGUCGCCUUCCUUUCCGAUCAUCGAGCAGGUUGAAGAUAUACCGCUACCAGAGUCGGAUUCGUCUGCUUCCUCAGGUCAAGUCUCGCCCAUGAACAGGUCUACAGGCCGAAGCACGCCAAAGAGUGCCAACCAGACACCAAGCUCCCGCCUUCCAGCUAUUGGACCGCUUCCGCUCGAAAUGCGGGAGCCGUUGAAGAUUUGGCAGAAAUAUAUGAAGACAGGAGUGAUAGACGUAGAGAUUUGCCCUGAAGCUCUCAAUGGCGACGGAAACUACACCUGGAUGCACUGCUGGGGUCUCUUCAAUCUCUACACAUUCGGCGCUUCGUUCAUGAAUGACGUCGAAUUCGCCGAUCGUGUCAUGGACAUGCUGUGCGAGAAGAUCAAACCGGGCAACGCAGCUGAUGUCGAUACGAUAUGUUUGAUCUUUACCGGAAGGCACAUCUCAUCGCGGUUGAAGCAGCUUGUCAUUGAUCGGUGCCUCGAUGCUGGAACGAAGAACUUCCGCCGCAGCUUCACCAGGAAUCUGCCUCAUCAGUUCGCAGCCUUUGCGCUUGAGGCGGCGAUGGAGCGUUUAGCAGAUCCGGAUUGGCGCCAGCGAGUGGAGUCACCUUGUCGUUACCAUCGACACAAGAAAGACGAGGAUUGCUACUUGCGGGACUUUGCUAGUGAACGUGAUAAACGCAUCAUAGAGAAUAGAAAGGUGAGGAGAAGUCGAAGCAGUACCCACAUUCGCUUCGAGCACGACACAAUCAAAUUCAAGCAAUUAGUUCUUGACGAUGUCGUGGAGUUGAGUGGAGAUGCUGGCGGAGAUCAAGUAUCGUCCGGGGAGCCUGCGGUGGUUGUUGGGGGGCAAGAAGAUGACCAAAUGCCGUUGACGAACAGUGAGCCUAACGGUAUUGCAAGCGUACAAGAGGCGGACGCGGACACCAGUGUCAUCGAAGCCCUGGAUGUCGAGGACGAUGGCGCAACGACAGCGAAGUUUUGCAAGAUUGUCAAGCAGAUGGAAGCACCAUUAGUUGUCAACAUAUCCGGCAAGAGCUCUCCCUCAUCGAUAAUUCGGCAUGAAGGCAGGCACGCACCGCCCCUGCUAAAGGAAUGGUCGCUCUUCAGCGAACUUGGCGUAUCCGAGGAUUGUUCGCCCCCAGGGGCGUAUCCAAAGUCUUGCAGUUCUCGAACAGGCCUGAAUGAGUACGUGGUCUAG